AUGGAGUGGUUAACGAGCGCCGAGGGUCUGAAUGCCCGUCAGGAGCUGGAGGUGUCCGUUCGUGAGCACCACCCUCACUUGCGUGAUGAGGAAGUCGACCUCAUUGUGGACGGUCGUCUACUACGCAUGGUUCGGGAGCGCGCGGCGGAGCAAGCACCUGCGAGCGGCCAGCAAGGAGGAACUGGUGAAGGAGGAGCUGUGCACGAGGCUCCAAUUGCUUUAGCCCAACUCAGGAAGGGAGAUGAUGAGACGGCGGAAUCCUACUGCAAUAGGGCCCGCACCAUCCGAGCGGAGCUGCUGACCAUUGGACAGGAGGUCCACAUGGCCACGUUUGCCGCCCACGUGCUGAAGGGCCUACCACCGGAGUACGGAUUUCUUCGCCGCAAGCUCGAAAUUUCCAGCCCUGACAUGACGGUGGAACGCAUGUGCAGCGAGGUGUUGAUGGAGGAGCAGACUCUCUCCAUCGAACAGAGUUACAAGCAGAUCACCAGCAAUGCAUCUGCUUUCUCGGGCGCUGUCAACACCACCGUGGCUACAACGGGGGUCAACGGGAAGGAAGGAAAAGGGGGAAGGGAGCAGACAGACAAGAAGAAGGAUGGCAAGCGGGAGAAGAAGCGAGCCCCCUUCAAGGGGCGCUGUUACAACUGCAAUGAGGAGGGGCACAUGGCUGCCAAGUGCCCCAAUAAGAAGAAGAUACAACGCCCGCGGCAGCCGCGAACGUAG